CUUUCGUUUAUUAUUACAGAUGUUUAGCUAUUUUCAAAUUCAAAGGUAUUGAAGGAUUCUUUACUUUAUCAACAUCAUCAUCAUCUUUCAGAUCUCAUGGGACCGUCGUUUUCGUACUCGUCCUAAACCCAUAAAAAAUUUUUAGUCGAUACCAACACCCUUCUUUUUUCUUAGUGAAGGUCCUUUUUGGCAGAAAACAGGAAAACUACUAAUAAUGAGCCAACAAAGUGGAUCAGAACCCGUCAACAGCUGCAAAGUAGUAUAUGCUAGUAGAGUGGCUGAAUCAUUCGUGGAACAGCUUAAGGAGCUAGUUAAGCGAUUUGAGCCUGUACCGACUUUAGUCGGGUUUCUUGCUAAUACAGAUCCCGCCGCUCGCAUGUAUGCUGAGUGGACUGAAAAAACUUGUAAGGAGAUCGGUUUUGCUUUUGAGCUCAGAGAAGUUUCCAAGGACGAUUUGGAAGAUGCCAUUGUUGAAGCAAAUCUUGACAAGAAUGUUAAUGGCAUGAUGAUUUAUUUUCCCGUGUUUGGAAACCGCCAGGACCAGUAUUUACAACAAGUGGUUUCACCCGAAAAGGACGUGGAAGGUUUGUGCCAUAAAUACGUGAUGAACAUGUACCAUAACAUCAGACACCUAGACGAGGAAAAAACUAAAAAAUCAAUUUUGCCUUGCACCCCUUUGGCUAUUGUUAAAAUUUUGGAGUACUUGGGUGUUUACAAUCGAAUUAUCAAUUACGGUAAUCGUCUUUAUGGAAAAACUAUUACUGUCGUGAACCGUAGUGAGAUAGUUGGUCGUCCCCUCGCAGCAUUACUCGCAAAUGAUGGUGCAAAGGUGUACUCUGUUGAUAUAAACAAUGUUCAGCUCUUCACCCGAGGAGCAGGAAUCCGUAGUCGAAAGCACGAUGUCACCGAAACAAAUCUUAAGAUAGAAGAUGUAGCUCCUAUGUCGGAUGUUAUUAUAUGCGGCGUUCCUUCUCCCAAAUAUAAAUUCCCUUCUCACUUGGUUCGGGAUGGUGCUGUUUGCAUCUGCUUUUCAAGUGACAAAAAUUUUGAUGCUCCGUCUCUCAAAGAACAUGCAGGUAUUUACGUACCUAGUAUUGGUAAAGUAACUAUUGCCAUGCUCUUACGAAAUCUAAUUCGCCUAACUUCCUACCAACGAAACAAUCCUAUUGAUGUUUAAAAGACAGUUAUUAUUUGAUUUUCAAUUAUAAUUUUUGAAUCCCAAGUUUUCGCUGGUUAUCAGUUGAAGAGCAUCGCUUUUUUCUUUAAUAUCCAUGAUUUUGAAAGAUUACUUACAUACAUCUUAAUGCAUUAUAAUUUAAUUAAUAUAUAUUAACUUCUACCAAAUGCACUCUCGU